GUCAGGAGAUGCGCUGUAGUAAGGAAGGGGAGAGAGUGGAGGUGGCUUUGGUAGAUUCAGACCCGUGUUAUUCCUGUUUUUGUAGGGUUGUCACUAUGACGGACAGGAUCGCAUGAGUGGAGAGACCUUUCCCCUCAAGACAGACCCAACCGUGGAGUGUGUGUGUAAGAUCGGCACCAUCACAUGCAGCAGACGGGCGUGUCCGGUCCUCAACUGCCCACGUGACUCGGUCUACCACAGGAAGGGGGAGCGAUGUCCCAGGUGUAAAGGGGAGUCCCGAUGUUCUGUCCGUGGCGUGGAAGGCCGGCGGGUGACCACCUUCGAUGGUCUACGCUAUAGCGUGUCCGGUCAGUGUACCCACGAGCUGGUUCGGUCUUGCAUGGACAAAUCUCUGAGCAUCAGGAUCCGCUACUCCGGGAGUCACAGUCGUCGCCGCCGACGACGACAAGAGUAUAAACCUCGGGAAACAACAGGAAGUGGUGACGUCACUGGACCAGGAGAAAACGUCACCACCAGUUCAAAGACGAUUGGUUCUGAUAGUGUCAGUGGAGACCAAGAAUCCUCGUCUGGACAUCUGUCCGUUGCUAGGGGUAGCGGCAUUACGUCAGUAAAGCUGCACAACACCGCACAUUAUCCGACUGCGUCGAAUCGAAGAACAGAGGGAUCGAACAAAGUCAUCGAAUUGGUCUCCGUCCAACUCGGCUCGACAAGAAUCAAGCUGUACAGAACCUUCAAAGUUCGGAUCAACAGCACCGUUCACUACACCUCGAGCUGGAAGUCUGGCCAGUUCUCUGUGCGGGUCAAACCUCCACGGGUCUUCCUCCGCUCCUCUCUGGGGGUAAGGCUGGCCUGGAACAUGCGGGACAACCUCUCUAUCCGGCUGGACGCGCGGCGGGCCGGUGUGGGGGAGCUGUGUGGGAUGUGUGGAGAUUUCAACGGACACUCGCGGGACGAUGUGAAGGACAAGCGUGGCAGGAGGCUGGACAGUGCCCGGCACAUGGCCCAAGCCUGGAUGAGGGGAAGGCGCUGUAAGAGACAGCACGGAACCCUUGCCCGCGCUGCGACCGGUUCUGAAGUCGACCUCGGUUCUGUUCCAAAGAACCGUGUAAGUUCUGGAGUCCCUGGUAUUACCCGCUCCAAGUCUAGUUCUGAUUCGGAUAGAAGAAAAACCGGUUCCGAUUCUGGUACCAGUGGUAGUUCUGGUAUAAAAGUCCCUGUUGUUACCAAUGUCUCGGCUCAUGCAAGUUUGGAUACUGGUUCCGGGUCUAGCACCGAUACCGGUUCUGGUGACGUUACAACCCCUGUGACCAUUGCCUCUUCCAGUGAAAGAUCUAGCAAAAGUCUAUCCGGUUCCUCCGCUCUUCCCGCUCCCCCACGGCGUCCCUCUACCUCAUCUACCAGCCGGAUCCGGCCGGUGGACACCUCUGAGGGGGUCGGUCUGUGUCAGCCCAACAGCCUGCACUGGGUCAAGGUCAAGGACGACUGUCAGAAGAUCCGGAACAUCCGACUCCAGAACUGCAAGCAAGUCGUAGAGGUGGAUGGGUUCAUGAGAUUGUGUGUGGAGGCUCUGUGCUCCUGUGAGGGCCGAGUACCGUGUGAGGUGAGCAUACUGCAGACGCUGUCCACCGCCUGCUCCUAGCCACAGUUCACCGGCUCACAGAGAGAUGAGAUCUAGCUCAAAAGCUGACCUGUGGUCACUGCUGGGAGGACGUAACCGUUUUGUGUGCAGCUCUGUAGCAAGUUCUGGCGAGAGUGCGGCGAGCCCUUGAGCUGUCCGUUAAGCACUACUACAUUGACGUCAUCGGUCUGUGUGCAGAUACCUUCAAGCGCUAGCGCUUUGUCCUCACAGCUCGCACGAGUGCUCUCCCCCUGAGUCCUCCAACGUCAGCAAACACAAACACGAGGAAAAAAGGGUGUGUGUGUGUGUGUGUGUG